UCCUCGAGUGCUCCUCUCGCACAAUCCCGCACUGCUCCCUUUCUCCCCUGCCCCAUCCUCAGAUAUCGCUCCGCGGAGAAAUCCCGCGGCCAGAUCCCGGGAAAAUGGAAGCCUACGGCGGCGGCGGCGUUGGGCGCGUCUUGCUGCUGGCCUUCUGCAUCGCUGGCAUCUGGUCCGCUUACAUAACCCAAGGCGUCCUCCAGGAAACCGUAUCCACCAAGCGAUUCGGACCGGAUGGGAAGCGGUUCGAGCACCUGUCCUUCCUAAAUCUCGCCCAAAAUGUUGUUUGUUUGAUCUGGUCAUUCAUAAUGAUAAAGCUAUGGUCGAGAAGCUCGGCAGGGGGCGCUCCAUGGUGGAGCUAUUGGAGUGCGAGCAUCACCAACACCAUUGGUCCUGCGAUGGGGAUUGAAGCAUUAAAAUACAUUAGCUAUCCGGCCCAGGUUCUUGCAAAAUCCUCAAAGAUGAUUCCUGUCAUGGUGAUGGGUGCUCUUGUUUAUGGUAUCAAAUACACAAUUCCAGAGUACAUAUGCACCUUCCUUGUUGCUGGAGGGGUAUCAGCAUUUGCACUUUCAAAGACCAGCUCAAAGACUAUAAACAAGCUUGCUCAUCCAAACGCUCCUCUUGGUUAUGGGCUCUGCUUUUUAAACUUAGCAUUUGAUGGCUUCACAAAUGCUACCCAGGAUUCUAUAACUGCGAGGUACCCGAAGACCACUGCCUGGGAUAUAAUGCUGGGAAUGAAUUUAUGGGGCACCGUCUAUAAUGUUGUGUAUAUGUUUGGCUGCCCACAUGCAAUUGGUUUUAAGGCCGUGCAGUUUUGCAGAGAACACCCAGAGGCAGCAUGGGACAUCCUCAUCUACUGCCUCUGUGGGGCUGUUGGGCAGAAUUUCAUUUUCCUGACCAUAAGCUGCUUCGGCUCACUUGUCAACACAACCAUCACGACCACCCGCAAGUUUGUGAGCAUUGUGGUGUCCUCCUUGCUAAGUGGCAAUCCCUUGUCCUUGAAGCAAUGGGGAAGUGUCUUGAUGGUCUUCUCAGGGCUCUCCUUUCAAAUCUUUCUCAAAUGGAGGAAGCUACAGAGGAUACAAAAGAAGAAAAAAAGUGCAUGAGAUAGUCUCGUCCUUGGCUUCUGAUAUAGCCCUUCCCCCCCGUUUAUUGCGGGUUAAGCCUAAAAUGGCUUUGCUGGCUCCUCGAUUUUAGUUAGAUUUACGUUGAUAAGUAAUUUAAUUGUUACAUGUUACAGUUGUAUUUUUACUAUUAAUUCAAUUACAAGUGAAUUCUUUAUGAUCUCCUAUGGAGGCCCAAUACACGCCAAUCCUUAACCAAUGCGUGUUUUGCUUCUUGUCAAUCAUCUUUCAUUUUGGGUCUCAAGUUUCAUCUCGUUCCCACAAAUGGAGCUGUUUUCUUAA